AUGAGCUUCAAUGGAGUCUCCUCCGUCUCUACUCAGACGACAGUCUUACCCGAAACAAGCUUUUUAAGACACGGGCGUGCGCCUGCGCUUCCUACGCCAGCUGAGGUUAGGGCCCGCAACGAAGAGUCGGAUGAUAUCUAUGCUACGAGCUUCGAUCGCCCACCGCCUGUUAAACUCUCUUCCCUAGGAUUGUUUGUCAAGUGCGGGGACGAUGUCACGAUCAUCGAGGCCCAGACUCAGAAGGUGGCGUACGAGCGACUGCAAGGCAAAUUACCCGUGCCCGAGAUCUUUGACUGGGCGGAGGAUGACGGGCAGAGGUUUAUUUACAUGUCCUUGAUAGAGGGAGUGACUCUGCAAGACAGGUGGCACGACUUGAUAGAGGACGAGAGACGAGUCGUUUGUGAAGAACUCAAGGAAAUGGUCAGGGCGCUGCGAGCUUUCAAGCAAGAUAGUCAUGAUCGAUUUGUUGGUAGCCUGGGCAAGCAACCUCUGAACGAGAUCUUCUUGACGUCCCACCCAGAUCUCAGAGGACCAUUCGUAGACUUCAAUGCCGUUCAGCAGUUUCAAGACGCCUGCGGAAUCGAGAUUGAUGGCGACACACAAAUUGUGCCAAAUCCAAAAGUGGCAGCUAUCAUUGAUUGGGACCAGGCAGGAUGGCUUCCCAGUUACUGGGAAUACUGCAAGGCAAAGCAGGUGAGGCUCAGCCCGAAGGAUUUCAGUGAUGUUGGCCAGGAAGAGUGGCGCACACAAUAUCUCCCGACCAUUUUGGAUCCGGUGGACGACGAGGCAUACUACCAUCAUUGGCUAAAUCUUGUGUUGUCCAAGGGCAUCUAGUUGAUUUCCUUUUGGCGGAUGAGAGUUCUUACACAAACUUGGAGAUGAUUAUGAUAUAGAGC